CUCGCUUCCGCAUCGGCUUGCCUCUACCAGCUUUCCGGUGUUCGGAGAGGGAGAGCGUGGGUUCCAGCGAGGUCUACGUACAAGGUCCGCCCGGCAUCGGCUUCCUCGUUUUCCCUAGCGGCUCGUCAGCGCCCCCCACCCCUGAACUCGGGCCCGGUGUCGGCUCAUCCCUCCUCCCUGACUCGGAGCUCGGGCGCCUGGGCCUGGCAGAGGCCGCCCGAGGUGGCCGCGCGGCCUUCUAGAGCCCUGGCCCAGCCCCCUGCCCACCGAGGCGUGAUCCUCUUUUCUGUCCUAAAGAACUUGGCCCAACAGCUUCCCGCGUCCAUUACUGACGUUUCUGUUUAGGGGGUGGAGAUCCUGGUCGGGUCUCCGGUCAGCAUCACCCACUGGAACACUGAGUAACUGUUAAUCCGCAUCUUGCCAUCUCUGUCCCUCCUUUCCACUGGCCCCGUUUUUGGGUCAACGUCAUGGUUACUGUAAGUGCGCUUUUAGGUUUGUUCAGACCCAACACUAGGGACAGGAUUUGUCUUAGAUCCCUCCGUCCACUGCGUGUGAAUGGGUUCAGGAACACUCUUGGACUGAGCAGGAAGAUGAGGAUUGUCCUGAGGACCAGGCAGAGCAGUUCAUGAGCUCUUAAGGUUGUUGCUUUUCCAAAUCAAGAAGACAGUGCACGAAGCCAGGGGACAUCAGCCAUGCUCCAAACAUCUUGGCCUCAGGAGCCAGUGACCUUUGAGGAUGUGGCUGUGUACUUCACCCAGAAUCAAUGGGCCAGCCUGGACCCCAUGCAGAGGGCCCUGUACCGGGAGGUGAUGCUGGAGAAUUAUGCGAGUGUGGCUUCCCUGGCGUUUCCAUUCCCCAAACCUGAUCUGGUCUCCCAGCUGGAGAGAGGGGAAGCGCCAUGGAGCCCGGAUCCCUGGGAAGCAGAGGUUUUGAAAGGCACCUGUCCAGGUGGUGAGUUCUGGAUCAAGGAGGAGGAGCCAGCUGUAAAGCAGGAAACCUCUGAGGAGGCAGAAUUGCCCAGAAUGCCAGGAGGAGGACUUCUCAGAAACGUUUCCCAGCACUUUGACUUUAAAAGCAAGGCGACAUGGCAGACUUUCAGUCUGAAUCCGAAUCUGAUACUUCGGGGUGGGAUGAAGUUCUACGAAUGUAAAGAAUGUGGGAAAAUCUUCAGAUAUAAUUCAAAGCUGCUUCGGCACCAGAUGAGUCAUACUGGGGAAAAGCCCUUCAAGUGUAAGGAAUGUGGCAAAGCUUUUAAGUCCAGCUAUGACUGUAUCGUACACGAGAAGAAUCACAUCGGAGAAGGGCCCUAUGAAUGUAAGGAGUGCGGCAAAGGUUUGAGUUCCAACACGGCUUUGACUCAGCAUCAGAGGAUCCACACUGGGGAGAAACCGUACGAAUGUAAGGAGUGUGGGAAGGCCUUCCGAAGAAGCGCAGCCUAUCUGCAGCAUCAGAGAUUGCACACCGGAGAGAAGCUCUAUAAGUGCAAGGAAUGCUGGAAGGCUUUUGGGUGUCGGUCACUUUUUAUCGUCCAUCAGAGGGUUCAUACGGGGGAGAAGCCCUACCAGUGUGAGGAAUGCGGCAAGGCCUUCACUCAGAAGAUAGCCUCCAUCCAGCAUCAGAGAGUGCACACCGGCGAGAAGCCCUAUGAGUGCAAGGUGUGUGGCAAAGCCUUCAAGUGGUAUGGCAGUUUUGUUCAGCACCAGAAGUUGCACCCUUUGGAGAAGAAACACACCAAGGUUCUUGGGCCAUCCCUGAUGAGUCCCCCGUGUGCCCCUCCAGCCUUAUCUGCUGUUCCUGUCCAGGGCCCGUGCUCUGCUCCCGCCGUGGCCGCACCUUCACUGACCUUUCCACAUGCCGUGCUCAUUCCUACCUCUGGGCCCUUGUUCGUGCUACUGCCUGCACCUGGAAUGCCUUCUUCACCUGUCCAAAUAGUGCGUGUCUUCCAGGGCCUUCCUCCCACUGUGAAGCCGUCUCCAGUUAUGCUGGUCCCUUCCCCUCAUGCCUCAUGAGCUUUAUUUCAGCACUCUAUCGGCUUUUAGGCCCAGCAGAUCUUCAGCUUCACUUGAGUUUCAUUUGUAUGUUUUUUUUUUUUUUUAACUUUACACGCAUUACUACUGUUUCAGCAUAAACUCCAUUAUAAUCUAUCUUAUAUUGAAAGACUGUUUAUGUAUUUUCUUCCAGGGAGAAAGUGAAACUACCUGACCUUAGCACUGGUCUCUUUCAGGCUUGAACAGUAAUGGCUGUAUGUGUACUGUGGGGGUGCGGGUGUUAGAAGGGCUGGCAGGACACUUGGUUGUCUUUAAGUGUCUGGGAGAGAGAGGCUUCCCCUGCGCUGGGCCAUUGUGGUUAGAGCCACGCGGCUUGGGGGAGGCAGAAGAGGCGCAUAGGAACUGGGGUGAGGGUUGGGGGGGGCGCUGGAAUCCACUUCCAGCAGCAGACUCAGAAAUUAAUGCAGCUUGUUCAGUGGGCUAAGGUGGUCCAUCAAAGCAAUCGAAGUCAUGUUGCCCUUGGCAUGGAUCAUUGAGGAUCUCCUAUGUCUAUGCAAAAGAUCAUGUGAGAUAACCAGUGAAAAACUAAUGGAUGCAGUGAUCACAAUCAUUUAUGUGAUUGAUAGCAAUCAUGUUUUUAAACACAGAGUGUGUUUUUUUUUUCUUUAGUUUUGCUCUUGAUAUCUAGAUGUUUCUUUUUAACUUUGGUUUCCUAAGUAAAUACACACCAAAGUAGUCAUCUUUCUUCCA